UGACGCCAGGCGGCAGGUGGCAGCACUGGUCGUGUAAACAACACCACCGACACCACCACGCGGGAAGAACCGCACGCCAUCACACCACCACGCCACCACAAUGAAGAUAGAAGAGGUCAAAAGCACAACUAAGACCCAGCGAAUCAACGCUCACUCACACGUGAAGGGCCUUGGCCUGAGAGAAGAUGGCACCGCCGAGCCUUCGUCCGCAGGGCUGGUGGGGCAGGCCCAGGCCAGGGAGGCAGCUGGCUAUCUGGUGGAUCUGAUUCGCACUAAGCGGAUGUCUGGUCGAGCUGCCCUAUUUGCAGGGCCGCCAGGCACUGGCAAGACUGCCAUCGCCCUCGCCCUUGCACAGGAGCUCGGUAACAAGGUCCCUUUCUGCCCAAUGGUUGGGUCUGAAGUGUACAGUUCUGAGGUGAAGAAAACAGAGGUCCUUAUGGAGAACUUCCGUCGUGCUAUUGGUCUCCGUAUCAAGGAAGUGAAGGAGGUAUAUGAAGGGGAAGUGACAGAGCUCACUCCAGUGGAAACAGAGAAUCCCAUGGGAGGCUAUGGGAAGACUGUUAGCCACGUCAUAAUCGGGCUUCGUACAGCCAAAGGCACCAAGCAGCUCAAGCUUGAUCCAAGCAUUUAUGAAACUCUACAAAAGGAGCGAGUGGAAACAGGAGAUGUAAUAUACGUGGAGGCCAACUCUGGAGCUGUCAAGAGGCAGGGACGUUCAGACACCUAUGCCACAGAGUUUGAUUUAGAGGCAGAAGAGUAUGUGCCUCUGCCCAAGGGGGAUGUACACAAGAAAAAGGAGGUGAUUCAAGAUGUGACACUUCAUGACCUGGAUGUGGCCAAUGCUCAGCCUCAGGGAGGGCAAGAUAUCCUUUCCAUGAUGUCUCAGCUCAUGAAACCCAGAAAGACAGAGAUAACAGAAAAACUUCGAUUGGAAAUCAACAAAGUGGUGGACAAAUACAUAGAUCAAGGCAUUGCUGAGCUAGUGCCUGGUGUCCUCUUUAUUGAUGAAGUCCACAUGCUGGACAUAGAGUGCUUCACCUUCCUUCACCGCACUUUGGAGUCCAGAAUUGCUCCCAUUGUCAUUUUCGCUACCAACAGAGGUCGCUGCAUUAUCAAAGGAACAGGAGAUGUUGUAUCAGCACACGGGGUUCCCAGAGAUUUGCUUGAUCGCAUUAUUAUUGUACGUAUGAAACCCUAUGGACAGGACGAGGUGGCUCAGAUCAUACAGAUCCGUGCCCAGACUGAAGGAAUCAAGAUUGACAAUAAUGCCAUACAAGAACUCAGCGGCAUUGCAGAAAAGGCGUCACUCAGAUAUGCUGUCCGACUUCUCACACCCUCAAAUGUCAUGGCACAACAAAAUGGAAAUGAGAGUGUGACUGCAGAAGACGUAAGAGAAGCUGCUGAUCUAUUUAUUGAUGCAAAAACUUCAGCUCAAAUGUUGGCAGAAAACCCAGAAAAAUUUAUGAAAUGAUAGUUUAAAAUUGACCUUCAAAUGGAUACUUGAGAAGCACAUGUCAUUAAUAACUAGAUCAAUUAUGUGGUUUAGGACUACAAGUUCCCAUUAAUAACUUUUGGUUAUGUUAUAAUGUACAAAAAAAUGGUCAUCAGAUAGACUAACAUGUUAAUUAAUACAUUCCAAGAAAAAAUUGCUAUGCAAGUUUUGUUUUAAAAAUCAAGCAUUUAAGUUAACAUCCAGAAUAAUGAUUUGAGCAUGAUUUGAAAAAAGAACCAUGUCACGUGUGACAUGACUUUGAUGUGAAAAAUAUAAUAAAGUUUUUUUUUAA